UCUCAUUUGCCGGUAAUCUGUGGCAGAGUUAAAAAUCUCUUAAAGAUAUUUUUAGAAAAAAGUGUAGUUUAUUUAGCUUUUUUGUUGUUUAUAAUAAAAUGGAUUAUUAUUACUAUGACCAAGUAGGCGAUAAUGAACUUGAAGACAAUGAGGAAUAUGACUACGAUUCAAUGAUACUGCCCGAAGAAGAGGAAACUUUUAAGGAUGUCUAUCAAGGUUGCAUUAAAUCAUCCACCCAGCAAGUGCAACAAUAUAUAAUGGUAUUAUUAGGAUGUGGUUUUUUGCAACGUAUUGCCUGGGAAGUGGUCAGACGUUCAGUGGGUAAUAAUAGUAGACAUCAGUAUCUGUAUCAUUUAAUCUCUAUGGUAUGCGGACUUAUCGGUUUAUGGUUUUAUGUUGGUGUUAGCAACAGCAUUUAUGUGGUGUUGCAUGUUUUAAAUUUGUGUUUAUUCCUAAAAUUGGCUGUAAAAUUGAAAAUAAAAUCUACGGGUUGUAUGCUCUGUAUGUAUACCAUAUUAUGUCAAUUGCUAUUUGAAUAUCUAUUGAAAUCGGAGCAGUAUGAAACUAUUAGGGGACCUCAAAUGGUGGUGAGCAUGAAGUUAAUAUCGGUGGCAUUUGAAGUGCAAGAUGAAAAGGAAAAAUAUCAGUUUUUGAGUUAUUUAGGUUAUCUCAUAAGUCCGGCUUCUUUAAUAUUGGGACCUUGGGUCUCGUUGAAGGAUUACAAACCAAGUUUUAAUGAAAAAUUUAGAUUUUUGCAUUUCUUAAGUAGAAUCCUUUUUAAUAUAUUAAUGGCUGUAGUAUUUUUAAAUCUUUCCAAUUGCCUAAUACCCUGGUUUAAACAAUUAUUGAGUUUGGGUUUGUGGUGGGGCACAUAUUUAGAUGCCUUUUCCGUGCGUUGUAGCCAUUACUUUGUUUGCUAUCUCUCGCAGGCUACUGUUAUGUCGGCCCAAGUAAAUGCCAUUGGCUCUUCCUCUCUAAAAUCGUCUCAAUCUAUUGUAAAUCCUUGGGCUAUAGAAUUUCCUCGCUCUUUGUCAGAUGUUAUACGUAACUGGAAUAUACCCAUGCAUUUGUGGUUAAAACAAAACAUCUUUAACCGCCUUUUGGCCUCACAUUAUCCAUAUUUUGUGUGUAUUUUUCUAACUUACUUGGUGUCGUGUUUAGUUCACGGCUUUAACUAUAAAGUCCAUAUGGUUUUGUUUUCCCUGGGUUGUUUUAGUUAUUUUGAGAAUCUUUUAAGACGUUGUUUGGCUCAAGUAUUUGAUGCCUGUAUAGAAUCUACAGCCUGUAAACAGAAUUGCAAAUUUUCCAUAUGUGCUCGUCGUAAAGGCGAAUAUUUAACACCAUCCUCACUCUUAGUACGUUUAGUUAAUUUCUUGUUUGGUUUAAUAGUUGUACUACAAUUGGCCUAUCUGGGAGUGUUAUUAUCUAGCACAUCAACAGAUACUUUAUCUAUAUUACAAAUCUGGUCUAAUAUGAAUUAUUUGGGUCAUAUAUUAGCCACGAUCAUGUUUGUAUUUUAUAAAUGUAUUUGA